UGUGUGUGUGUGUGUGUGUGUGUGUGUCUGUGUCUGUGGUGCAAGAAAGUAUCUAUGUGCUCAAAAGUGGGAACAGCGAUAAUACGAUGUGUGUGAAACCACCUCGUCCCGGGCGGAGACGGAGUUUCUCGAAGCCACAAGUGAGUGGUCAAGAGUUAUGGGUGGCAGAGGCAGUUCAUAGCAGUUGAGAAUGCUGCAGACCAUCAGUGUGAACUCAACACUUCUGUUUGGUAUACACAUUUUAGUACAAAUUUUGUUUUUUCCUUUUAAAAGAUGAACAUUUUCCAGAAUAUGAAAACUUGGAGAUAAUUAACGUUCUCUCUUUUCUCAUCGUUGAUAAACGAUACAAGAAUUCCUGAAAACAGAAUAGCUUUAUUCAGGGCAGUACUUAUGACCUGAGACACUAAUCAUAUCUUUAAAAAACUGACCACAUAUUAACAUUCAUUAUAACUGUUCAUGUGUUGAACUGUGAAGCGCACUGUUUCUAAGUGGGGCAAUUUGAUACCACUCUCUCCACACACAAAACCAACUCUACAGUUGUCUCAAAAGCAUAGAAAUGCAGAUCCUUUGUGAAAAAACAUUGUCUAUGUCUGUUUCUGAAGCGAACAAUUCCAUAAUGAUGUAAGCCUCUCCCAACAUCUGGAUGUGGUGCUAAAGACAAAGCAUUUUUGACAUCAGCUGUGCAAAGAGGGCCUUUCUUUAAAAUAACUUCUAGCCAAAUUUGUAAUCAUCAGCAUGCACAGAAUGAAAAGGAGAGUGAAGAUGACUUAGACAAGAGGAUGUUUCCUUGAACCAUAAAAGGAAAUGUGAGAUUGUACUUGCAACAUUGCAGGGAAAGAAUUUUUUUUGUGUAUAUUGGACAGGUCUUGGUGGAUUUAAAUCAAGUCAGAUGUCAUCAAACGAAUCUUCUCCUCCAUCCUUACAGAAGUUUUCCCCAUCUGUGUCCCAUGCUGCUGCUCCACCUACCCCAUCUUUAUCCUCAAGUCCGCAAUCUGGACUCUCAGGCCGACUUUCCAAUGGCAGCUUCAGCACACAAAGCCUCACCAACUCCAGAGGAUCUGUACAUGGAAUCUCCUUUUUGCUGCAGAUUGGUCUCACUCGAGAAACAGUUACAAUUGAGGCUCAAGAUAUCUCCCUAUCUGUUGUUAAAGACCUAGUGUGCUCUGUAGUUUAUCAAAAGUUCCCAGAGUGUGGUUUUUUUGGCAUGUAUGAUAAAAUUCUCCUAUUCCGCCAUGAUCUGAACUCAGAAAAUAUUUUACAACGAAUUACAUCAGCAGAAGAGAUACGGGAAGGUGAUCUUGUUGAGGUUGUUCUGUCUGCAUUAGCUACAGUUGAGGAUUUCCAGAUUCGGCCUCACAUGCUUUACGUUCAUUCUUACAAGGCCCCCACCUUUUGCGACUAUUGUGGAGAGAUGCUGUGGGGCUUGGUACGGCAAGGACUGAAAUGUGAAGGGUGUGGAUUAAACUAUCACAAGCGAUGUGCUUUUAAGAUUCCAAAUAACUGCAGUGGGGUAAGAAAGAGACGGUUAUCUAAUGUGUCUUUACCAGGAGCUGCACUUUCUGUCCCAAGAUCUGUACAAACUGAAUCUACAUCCACAGAAGAGCGUUGCCAUCCAGAGCCCAGUAAAAGGAUUCCUUCAUGGAGUGGUCGUCCAAUAUGGAUGGAAAAAAUGGUGCUCUGUCGGGUGAAAGUCCCACAUACCUUUGCUGUUCAUUCUUACACUCGACCCACCAUAUGUCAGUACUGCAAACGAUUGCUCAAAGGCCUUUUUCGCCAAGGAAUGCAGUGUAAAGAUUGCAGAUUUAAUUGUCACAAACGCUGUGCCUCUAAAGUACCUAAAGAUUGUCUUGGAGAAGUAAUCUUCAAUGGAGAACCAGCUAGCCCAGGUCAAGAUACUGACAUGCCAAUGGAGGUUGACAGCAGUGAAAUGAAUAGUGAUGUUGGGAGGGGAUUGGAUGAUACGGAAGAACCAUCUCCUCCAGAAGACAAAAUGUUUUUUAUGGAUCCAGCAGAUCUUGAUGGAGACAAAGAUGAAGAGGCUGUCAAAACUAUCAGCCCAUCAACAAGCAAUAAUAUUCCGUUAAUGAGAGUUGUACAGUCAGUCAAACACACAAAGAGGAAGAGCAGUACAAUGGUGAAGGAAGGAUGGAUGGUUCACUACACAAGUAGAGACAACCUGAGAAAAAGACAUUACUGGAGAUUAGACAGUAAAUGUCUUACACUAUUUCAAAAUGAAUCUGGAACAAAAUAUUACAAGGAGAUUCCACUUUCUGAAAUUCUUCAGGUGACUCAGCCACGGGAUUUCUCAAAUAUGGUGCAAGGCAGCAACCCUCACUGUUUUGAAAUAAUAACUGACACAAUGGUGUACUUCGUUGGAGAGAACAAUGGUAGCAAUCACCAUAGCCCUGUUUUGGCUGCUACUGGAGUUGGAUUGGAUGUAGCGCAGAGCUGGGAGAAAGCUAUUCGUCAGGCUUUAAUGCCAGUUACACCUCAGACCAGCACUUGCAUUGCUACAGGACAAGGAAGAGAUCACAAAGAAUUAUGUGUCAGCAUUUCUGUUUCAAAUUGCCAGAUCCAAGAAAAUGUGGAUAUAAGUUCAGUGUAUCAGAUCUUUGCUGAUGAGGUACUUGGUUCUGGUCAGUUUGGAAUUGUGUAUGGAGGUAAACAUAGGAAGACUGGAAGGGAUGUGGCAAUUAAAGUCAUUGAUAAAAUGCGAUUCCCUACAAAACAGGAAAGCCAGCUCCGCAACGAAGUGGCCAUUUUGCAGAAUUUGCACCACCCUGGGAUUGUAAACCUGGAAUGUAUGUUUGAAACUCCUGAAAGGGUUUUUGUUGUGAUGGAAAAACUUCAUGGCGAUAUGUUGGAAAUGAUUCUUUCCAGUGAGAAAAGUCGGCUUCCAGAAAGGAUCACCAAGUUCAUGGUUACUCAGAUACUUGUUGCUUUGAGGAACUUACACUUCAAGAAUAUAGUGCACUGUGAUUUAAAGCCUGAAAAUGUACUAUUAGCAUCAGCAGAACCAUUUCCUCAGGUAAAGCUGUGUGAUUUUGGUUUUGCACGCAUUAUUGGGGAGAAGUCUUUCAGGAGGUCUGUAGUAGGAACUCCAGCUUAUCUUGCCCCAGAAGUACUUAGGAGUAAAGGCUACAAUAGAUCGCUGGAUAUGUGGUCUGUUGGUGUCAUCAUCUAUGUGAGCUUAAGUGGCACAUUUCCAUUUAAUGAAGAUGAAGACAUAAAUGAUCAGAUCCAAAAUGCAGCAUUUAUGUAUCCACCAAAUCCCUGGAAGGAAAUAUCUAGUGAAGCUACUGAUUUAAUAAAUAAUUUGCUUCAAGUGAAGAUGAGAAAACGUUACAGUGUUGACAAAUCACUUAGUCAUCCUUGGUUACAGGAUUAUCAAACUUGGCUUGACCUUCGGGAGUUUGAAACUCGCAUUGGAGAGCGCUACAUUACCCAUGAGAGUGAUGAUGCUCGCUGGGAAGAACAUGCAUAUGAGCACAAUCUUGUAUAUCCCAAACAUUUCAUUAUGGCUCCCAAUCCAGAUGAUAUGGAGGAAGAUCCAUAAUUCAUUGGGAAAAGCAUUUUAACUAAGUUCUGAUACUUUGGAGCAACUGAUGCUUUUGCUCUUCAGAUGAUUCAGUCUCCAAAGCCAUGAAGGCAAGAUCCUGCAUCACAUUGUGGAUGGACAUCUGGGAAGCAUCUUUAUCUUUCUAGUUUCUAUGAUUAUGAAUGUGAUCCAGCACUGAGUUAAAAGCCAUGAAGUAUUUGUGUAAUAUUGCCUUAUUGGUACAUCACAGUGAUGUUACUGACAGCUUAUGUACACAGAGACUUGAUGUAUGUGAAUUUUCUGAGGUUUUUUUUUUUUGUAAUUUACACCGUUUUUAAUGGUUUUCUAGUUCUUAUCUAUUUAGGCAAAGAUACUAUUUUCUGGUAUUUAGAUAACAUUUAUUAGGAAGCUGUAAAGAACCAUAAGCAUAUAUGCCGUGACCAAAAACUAGAAGUGUGCAAAACUUUUCAUUUUGAAAUGUCUUGAGUGCAAAAUUUCAUAAACUUUGCAAACAUCCUGUUUCAAAUGCAAAGUUACUGUUUUGAACGGGAAACAGAUAGUUUUGAGAGUUUUGGAAGUGUUUUGAGCAGUUUUGUGCUGUUUGAAAAAACCUUUUGCAUGCCUCUCCCAAAAACACUUGAUUUUAAAAGGCCCUUUUAACUGAUUACUUGCAAGUGAACUGCAUAUACUUGGAAAAGCUGUAAAAACGAUGGGAACCAAUAAUGCUGUUUGAGAUGAUUCAAGAUUUGACCGUGGAGGCGUAUAAUUUAAUUAAACAGUCUGUUAAGCUAUGGGAUUUUUUUUUCAUCCUAGUGUUUUUCCUGUAGGUGCAGGGUCUUUUUUUCAGAUCAACCAAACAUUGAUCCAUUGGUUGCGACAGGAAUUAACUUGUUAAUUAAUCUGUUAAGUUAUGGAAAUGCAGAAUAGUAAAAGUACCUGAAUACAGUACACACUGUACAUGUUACUGCAAGUGCAACAGUAGCUUAAAUUGAAGUUCCGACAAUGUGUUCUCAUCUCUGCAUAUAGCUUUUUUGAAUUGCGAGAUUCAUGGGCCAGUUUAUUACCCAGGCACUCCAAAAGAAAAAUGCUUUUGUUACUUUUCCACCUUUCUAGUUUUUAACUUUUCAGCAGGUUUGUAGAUACUUUCUGAGUGCAAUUCUCUAAAAAAUUAGAUGCUAGAAGAGUAAAAUAGAUAAUUGAAGAAUCAAUUAUGAGAAAGCUUCAGCAGAACAUAAUGCAAUUAUUUAAUUUGAAAAGAAUAUUUUCCUUUUAAUAUUGUUUUAUAUUGGUUCAUCUGUUAGCCAAACACUCUUAGUUUCAGUUGCAGUGUUUCUGUAAUAACCAAUUUCAGAUUGUUUAUAAUUUACGAACCUCUUUUUCAGGAUGAUGGAAAGUAAAAUGGAGAAAAUUGUAUCCUCAUCAAUUUAUUGUAUCCUCAUCAGUAUUAACAGCCAGAAUGAUUUCAUACCAAAUGAAAAAUAGUGUUUUAUUUAUAUUUAUGAAUAAAGUGAUCACUUCCGUAUCACUUAAUUAGCAAUGGAAAAUUUGAAGGGCUGUACUGAGAAACACUGAGAUGUUAAGAAGUCACAAGGUAAAGUUUUCAUGAGUUGAACUUGAUUUCUAUGGACUACAUGGACACAUCCAUAUUUUCUUUGGGCAACAAUAUGGAAGUGGGUUGUCACUGCAUUCUAAUGAGAGUUCUUUGACUUGCUAGUCUGGUCUACAGUGCUUGAAUUUCCUGGUGAUCUCUUAAGUACCAAUCAGGUCCAAUCUUCAGCUUUUCUGAUGAGCUAAAGCCAGCUAGAUGCUGCCACUUGCUGCACUUGUGGCAUUUUAAACUACAAAUUCUAUUUUGUGUGGUUAUUAUUAGAUUUUGCUUUCAUAAAGUGGGAAUUAUGUAUAUGUGAAUAUAUCUCCUUCAGGUUUUUGUUUUUUUUUUAAACUGUAGUAUAUGCCCUAUAUAUCAUCCCUUCGAGGUAAGCCAGAUCAAGAAACACUGUUCAAGAAUGCCUGGAACUCUGCUUCAUUGAUACAGGCUAUAGUGACAGAAUCUUGAAAGCCUGCAUUUUCCCUUCCCUUCAUCUUAUAUUCCAGGGAGGUAAGGAGGAGCCUGUUUCUAAUGUUUUCUUCACUUCACAGGUUGAAAACAUAUUUUUGUAACUGUUGCUGCAGUGUUUCUCCAAGAUCAUCUCUCAGGCCCUCUACUAUAUAUUUCAGAUAGGGGAGUCAGGACUUUAUGGUCUGGUAUAUGAGGAUUUUCAUAUAGAUAGUCCUGUACUGUUAAGGAAGUGUUGGUCAAACACACUGCUGCGUGGGGGCCUGUUGAUUUAACAGAUCUUGAGAGAGAACUGUGUCUCUGCAGUUCUUCAUCUUCACUGUAUUGGUUUGAUACAGUACUAGUUAAUUCUUAAUUUGAAAUCUUAAACACAAAUUAUCAUGAACCCCCCCAUAUUUACACAAGUGAAAACUCUUAUUGCAUAUGUUAAAGCACCAUUUAUAUGAAUAAGCUGACCUAUAUGAUUAAUACUUUAUGUUGAAAUGAACUGACCAUAAGGAACCAGUAUUUUGGCAGCAGCUCAAUCACAGACGUAAUAGGAAAACUGAAUUUAAUAAUUUAUAGAAUUAUAUUAAAAUGAUUAAAGAAUUCUAUUAAAGUGAUUACUGCUUGCAGCCAUUUAUCCCUCAUGAGUGCUGAUAAUUUCCAACUAAAGAUUAUAAAAUUUAACAUUAUUACACUGAAUUAAACUUAGCAAAGGAACUUCUUUCACCCAUACAAAUAGUACAUCUGUUUAGAAAAGCAACAGCCAAGUCUAGAUGAAAAAAAUUACUGUUGGUUCCAAAAUGGUAAUUGGGAUUAUCCUUACUGCUAGAAUAUCAAGUUAUCAGUACACUUAUUCAGAAUUAAAUAUAGAAAAACAUAUUUCUCUUUUCUAGCUAAUGAACUAAUUAUAAUUUGUCAACUGCUACUACCUUUGCCACACUAGAUGUUAGAAUCAGUGCUGGAAAAAUGUCCACCACAGAGAUGGAAAUGAUAAAUACGACUUGGUGCGUGCAGUGUCUGAAAGCAAAUAUUCAAAAAUACUUCUAGACAUGCUGGAAGUUGAUUUGGAAUACAAACUAUUCUCUUAGACUGAAUAUGUUCUGAGCAAGCUAAAUCACAGCUUAAUCUCUACCAGAACUGAAAGUAUCCGUUUUUCCCUUUUUUAUAAACUUAUGCCAAAAGAGAAUCAUAGAUGUUCCCAGUGGUAUUCAUUAAUAGGGCUAUUAUAUAUAAAUCCUUAGAAAUAUAUCCCACUGAGUUCAAUGGGACUUACUUCCAAGUGAGUAUGCAUAGAGUGCUGAGUAGGUAUAAUUUAAAUAGUUGUAAGCCACUUCUAGAAAAUGCAUUGUACUUCAUGUUAGGCCUCUUAGGUUAAUCUUUUGUUUCAGGAUAAUAAUGUUAUAUAGCAGUAGAACAAGAAUACAAAUGUUAUUGGGGCCAAAGAAAAAAAUAACUGGAAUGUUUCUACUCUUUAAUAGCUGUUACACAUACUCUACAACAAUAAAAUUGCAUAGCUAGGAUUCUUAAACUAUUCCUUUGAAUGUCUAAAAUACAUCAAAGCUUUAAAUCACUGAAAAUUGGCAUUCAUUGUUCCAGAUGAAUUUGUACCCAGUAUUGUAUUAGCAUUAAUUUUUUUGAAAUAAGUUGCAUUCAUUGAAAAAAUAGUGCUGUACUGAUUCUAGAAGAUACUUUAGUAAAACCUAUAGCCUCAAAAGACACUGUCAAGUACUUUUUAUAUUUUUAUAUAGCCCAUUGUUUGUAAAUAUCCUCUAAGCUUGAAAUAAAUUUUAUUUCUUUACUGUGUUUUUUUCCAUUGUCAUAUCCAUAAAAAGGCUCUUGCUCGAAGAGAUCUAUAGAAAUAUAUUGUACUACAAUGCUUAGCAUUACAGUAUUGUCUAGCUAGUUCAAAUGUUAUGUAAAAUUUGUCCAGGUUCUACAUCUUUCCUUAAGCUUGCUAAAAUGCACUAUUGCAGUGAAAGAAGAGACAACAGCCAAUGUUUUUUGUGAUAUUCUUGGCAAUAGUUUGUAGCAAACUUGAACUGCAAUCUUUUGAACAGCCUCUGUUUAUCCAAGUCAUGUUGGAUAUUUUAUUAUUAUAAGCAUGAUAUAAUAGUUGUGGAAUUUAGGAAGGAUUCCUCAGAAAUUAGGACAGGCUGCUCAUGUUCAAAGAGCAAGAAUGAGCCAUUGCUUAUACUGUUUUCUGUCCUAUGGAAAUGAAUUACACACCAGAAGCACAUUAAGCAUUUAUUACAUCAAAUCAGAACACAGAGUUGCUACUUACACAUGAAAAGGAGCUGGUACUGUUACUCAAUUUGUACUAGCGCUUUUUUUCCUGCAGACAAUCUAUUUGCUAGUAGGUGUCUGUUCCAUAUACCAGAGUAGAAUUUCCAUCACUUAAGCAAUGUGGUUGUAAAGUGCGACUGCAUCGCUUAGUGAGAGCAAUCCCUGCAGUCCCAGUUGCCGCUGUUAAC